AACCUACUGCAUAGGCUGUCUAGAAGCGGUAAGACUAUCGUGUUCUCCAUCCAUCAGCCUCGUUACUCAAUCUUCAGCCGCUUUGACCACCUGACCCUGAUGCACCGAGGAGAGUUGGUGUACGCUGGAGCUGCUGGGAAGGCCCUGAGUUACUUCACUGACUUGGGGUAUCACUGUGAGCCGUUCAACAACCCCUCUGACUUCUUCCUAGACGUCACUAACGGAGAGGCUCAGUCUACUCUGGACAUCACUUCAUUUAACUAUGAUGAUAAGGAGAACUGUGACAACAGCAACCUUCUGGCAGUGAGCUACAGACAGUCAACUCAGUACCAGAGGGUGGUGGAGGAGCUGGACCAUUUGACCCAUGGUCUGGAGGGAGGGGUCGGAGGUCAGGGACAGAAGGCCGACUACGUCACCUCCUUCUGGUACCAGAUGAGGAUAGUGGGUGGUCGUAUGGUGGUGAACUCUCUCAGGAACCCCCAGACAUCGUACGCUCAGCUGGCCCUCAACAUCUUCUUCGCUCUGCUGGUCGGCCUCAUCUACUACCAGAUCCCCCUGACUCUACCUGAAGCCCUACAGAACAGGAUGGGAGCAUUCUUUUUCCUCAUCAUCAACAUGGUGUUUGGGAAUCUUUCAGCUGUGGAACUCUUCAUCAAUGAGAGAGCUCUGUUCAUCCAUGAGAACUCUAGUGGGUACUACCGUACGUCUGUCUACUUCCUGUCUAAGAUAUUCACUGACCUCAUCCCCAACCGCAUUGUACCUAUCCUCAUCUUCUCAGCCAUCGCCUACUAUAUGAUGGGUCUGAAGCCAGCCUUCACAGCGUUCCUGCUCUUCACACUGACGAUGUCCCUGGUCAGUCUAGCUGGGGUCAGUCUAGCGUUCCUGGUCUCAGCCUCUGUCUCCUCCUUCGCUAUGGCCAACGUCCUCAUCGCCCUGCCUUUCGUCUUCAUGAUGGUGUUUGGAGGGUUCCUGGUCAACCUUAACUCCAUGUUGUCUUGGUUGUCAUGGCUGAAGUGGAUCAGCAUCUUCCGCUACGGACUAGAGGCGGUGACCAUUAAUGAGUUUAAAGGACAAAUAUUCUACAGCAACACAACCAUUCUUCCAGGGGAGGUGUACCUGGAGACCCAGGGAAUAGACUACAGCACCUGGGGUUUCUGGCAGAACCAUGUAGCUCUGGCUGGGAUCAUUACGGUGUGUAUGGUCUUGGCCUACAUACAGCUCAGACGGAUCAACCGCUGGAAGUGACACAGGCCGCAAGAAUAGAAUCAGAUUGAACUACACCUUCUGGAACAACAGGGACUGUGAAGAGACACACAUCACAAGAAUAGAAUCAGAUUGAACUACACCUUCUGGAACAACAGGGGCUGUGAAGAGACACACAUCACAAGAAUAGAAUCAUAGAAUCAGAAUGAACUACACCUUCUGGAACAACAGGGACUGUGAAGAGACACACAUCACAAGAAUAGAAUCAGAUUGAACUACACCUUCUGGAACAACAGGGGCUGUGAAGAGACACACAUCACAAGAAUAGAAUCAUAGAAUCAGAAUGAACUACACCUUCUGGAACAACAGGGACUGUGAAGAGACACACAUCACAAGAAUAGAAUCAGAUUGAACUACUCCUUCUGGAACAACAGGGACUGUGAAGAGACACACAUCACAAGAAUAGAAUCAGAUUGAACUACACCUUCUGGAACAACAGGGGCUGUGAAGAGACACACAUCACAAGAAUAGAAUCAUAGAAUCAGAAUGAACUACACCUUCUGGAACAACAGGGGCUGUGAAGAGACACACAUCACAAUAAUAGAAUCAUAGAAUCAGAAUGAACUACACCUUCUGGAACAACAGGGGCUGUGAAGAGACACACAUCACAAGAAUAGAAUCAGAGAAUCAGAAUGAACUACACCUUCUGGAACAACAGGGACUGUGAAGAGACACACAUCACAAGAAUAGAAUCAUAGAAUCAGAAUGAACUACACCUUCUGGAACAACAGGGGCUGUGAAGAGACACACAUCACAAUAAUAGAAUCAUAGAAUCAGAAUGAACUACACCUUCUGGAACAACAGGGACUGUGAAGAGACACACAUCACAAGAAUAGAAUCAUAGAAUCAGAAUGAACUACACCUUCUGGAACAACAGGGACUGUGAAGAGACACACAU